GUCCACGGGAGUCCACGGGAGGAGGAUCAGCGGGAGCAGGAGCAGCUUCACUCCCACCAUCAGGCCUCCUUCAUGAUCAGCACCUGAACUGAACUCAGUCCUUCCUCCAAAAAAUGUCGCCGGAAAACAGCAACAGCGCCGUGGCUGCGGAGACACGCGUGGACCUGGCCUCGCUCUUCUGCAUGGUCGGACACCACGGUCCCGCCGUGGGUCUGUCUCUAAUCGCGGCUGUGUUUCUGCUGCUGGUGGGUCUCACCGUCUACCGGACCGUGAGGUGGACGCGGAGGAAGGCCACGACCACGGACACGACCACGACCACGACCACAGCAGGCGACGGUGACAGCGGCAGCCCCGCGAACCGCCCACGACACGAGCCGAACACCGAGGAACCACGCAGCAGCAGCAGCAGCAGCAGCAACAGCAGCUCCGUGGAGUCAACAGAUGGGGUUCAGUCAGGUAUGAAGGAGGAAGGCGAUCCAAAAGUCAGGCAUCGCCGUGCAGCUCCUGCAGCUGCUGCUGAGAAGAAACACCGUCCUCUUUAUUCUUCUUCUCCUGCGAGCGACGUCCAAAUGACAGGAGACAAACACGCGGCUUCAGACCUCACAGACGCAACUACAGUCGAGCAGGACUCUCAUGAAGAAGCAAAGACGUUUGAAGCAGAAGAGAAAGCCAAACAAGAGAAGGAGUAUUUUCAGUGCGUGUCAAGCAGCCAUGUGAACUUCGACCCCCCAGCGCCUUGUGUGAAUGAUAAUGUUGUUAAUGACGGACUACGACAAGAUAACAAAGUUGCCCCAGAGAUAAAUGGCACAGAGUCUAACUCUGAAGACCAGUCGGAUAAUCUAGAUCACAGCGAACACUCCUGCAAUCACUUCUCUCCAGAAGAAGAACGGUCUGAAGCCCAACAAGGACGGCAAACGGAGACCUGUCCUUCCAAAUCUGGACUUAACCUGUCGCCUUCACAGCAGGACAAGGCGACACCAUCCGUUUUGGACUCUGAUGUGACUGGAAAAGAUUUAGGUGACGACCAAGUUCCUACAGCUGCUGAAUUUGACACCCGUCCACCACAGUCUCGUCAGACGGACCAAGAAGAUGAACAUGGUCUUGUGGAUCAAGAUGAAGGUGUGAUCUCAACCGAGGCUGAUCAGGUUAAAGAGAAAAUACCAACUAGUGUUGACUCUGAUAGUCCAAGUGUGGAACUCAAACCUUCUCAUUUGAAUGAGCCUGUAAAUGUUGAUAAUCUUGAGGAAGCUGAAAUCUCAGGCCUAGAAGGUUACCCUGAAGUGUCAGUGGAUCUUCAACCCCCACAGAGUGGACUUAAAGUUGAAGAGUUGGCCACAUCUUUGGAGAAAGAAACAGAUUUGACUAUUCCGGACUCUUACCUGCCGUCUACCAACAAAGAUUUAAAGUACGAAAAGAACGAAGCUGCUGCAGAAGAAAGCGCUGACCUUCACGUGCUCCCAUCUUACAAAGACCAAACAACCGGCCAAACUGUAAAUGGGGAAACUUACAAUAAAACCAGUGUCAGUGCAGCUUCUGAUAUAGUUCCAGGUGAUACUGCUGCUCCUGAUUCUUCAGAAACAGUCAAUGCUCCUCUAACAGGAGAGGAAACAUCUUGUUCUCACCUCCCAUCUGUUUGCCAAGAGCCAAAACGUGACCACAGGGAAAUUAUUGAAACUUUUACUGAGACUCAAAUUCCUGUGACCAACGCAGGUGUUUAUAUUGCAAAAUCUGUGAUGUCUGAACAAAUAUCUGACCCCGACAUGUGGACUUUGUCCCAAAACCAAGAAAGUGACCAAAUACAAAACAAUGAAGAUCCUUCUGUUGUGGCUCAUGACCUUAUUCAUCCCUUGAGUCAGAUUAAAUUGCAGCCUUUUGAGCAAAGUGAGCUGAACGUACCAUCUCCUGGUGUCGGAGAAGAGAGCGGGAUCUCGAGCAUGACUGUUAGUCCUGACGUGCAAGACUCUGGUAAUGAGUUUGGCAAGAUCGUUGACGAUAUGGUGGAUGGUGAUCCAGAGUCUGAGGAAAUGACCAAGGCUCAAAACAUAGUCUUAUCCGUCUUUAGCACAGAAACCACGGGCGUCACGCUUCGUCACACAGAUUGGAAUCAAUAUGAUCUGUUUGCGGUCAACGAGGACACGUUUGGCCAUGAGAUUGAGGACAGCUACCACUCGGCAAUGGAACAGUUUAUGAUGCAGAUUGCAGGAAAUGGUUUGAGCUCGGCCGAUGAGCCCAAAAAACUGUCAGACAUGAAAGGCACCUUUGAGGUCAUGGAGAUUAAGGAGAAGACAGAAGUCGUCAGAAUUACAAAGAAAGCGGAAAACGGUGCAGAAAAUGAGACGGAAGAGUUAUAUGAAAAGACUGAAAUCAGUAUCAUGGAAGCGACGAUGGACAAUAACGAAUGGAUCAUGGACAGUAACUACCAAUUUCCGCCCUGGAUGAGCCCUUACAUCGCACCUUCUGCCCAAGACCACACAAAAACCAGAGAGCUUCCCACUGAAGAUGCCACAGAUGGUGUUUGUAGAGAUACGGAAAAUUACAAAAAAGGUCAGCCGAUGUCCCAGAACAUUAAUGUGACCUUCCGCAUCCACUAUGUCACGGACUCGCCGUACCAGAUGGUGGCCGUCACAGGAAACCAGCAGGAGCUCGGGAACUGGAAGAAAUACUUCCUGAUGGAGAGCGCCAAGGACGGACUCUGGACCGCGGUGGUCAGUCUGCCCACAGAGAGCCGGGUGGAGUGGAAGUUUGUGGUAGUGGACAGGGGCGAAGUGUGUCGCUGGGAGGAGUGCGACAACCGUCUCCUGGAUACAGGCCGCGGAGACGCCCUGACGGUGCACAAACUGUGGGGGAUUUUAUAGGAGGAAGACCGAGAUGAAAGAACGGCAGAGGUGAGAGGCUGAAAAGCUGGGUUUCCAUCAUAGUUCGGUUCGGUUUUGGUACAGUGCGGUACGGUCUGGGACAGUGAAAGCUCUGGGUCAGGUGUGUUUUGACUGAGAAUUUGGUAGAUGGGGUACAACGUCGGCUGCGUUGCGCGACAAUGGCGUAACGACAAUGGCCGACGACAUCGAAUGCGAGUGGUAGUGUUUUUUAAAUUCUAUGGGAUAUUUACACCAAAUGCAAUGUAGUGACAUUUUUCAGUCUUCCAAUCAGCUGACUUGUUGGUGGAGCUAGCCUACUAUUUUACUUUGGUACCCCAAAAUAUGGAAUGGUAGCGCCUGAUUAUUUUGGUGCUAUUCCUAAUGGAAAUGCAAAAACACGUACCGUUCUGUACCAAACCAAACUGUUCCACUCGAUGGAAACACGGUUAAAGUAACGUGACUAGUCCGCUUUGGUCCUGGACAUUUCAGAAUGAUUUGUAAAUCUAUUCACAAGAACCCAAUGAUGAUACAGUAGAUUAAAACUGUCUAAAACACAUUAUAAUUAUGGUGAAAAGGUGAUAUUCUGGAUUAAAAUUAUGCCUAAAGGCCUAUGUUAAAACUUCAGUGCGUAACUUUUGGCGAUUUUUGUUGUUGAGUUAUCGAACUACGAGACCUGACUAGGGGACGAGAAGCGCGUGGACGCAGUCGUCUUACAUUGCUAGUACAUUUCCUGUGUUCAGAGCGGGAGUGUCACCGGGCGACACAUGACCCAGUCAUUUGACAGUAGUAACACAUUAGAUUUCUUUGUAUUUAAAAGUUACGCACUUGAGCUUUAAUUUGAUUGUUUGUUAGUUUUUCAAGACAAUUUUAAUGGAAUGUGGAAAUGUGACUUUACUCAGAGUUGGUAGUUGCACAUAAAAGCCAUUAAAUCAAACGUUCAAAAAUAAAUACACAAGGUUUUAAUCUGAGUCUGGUGGAGUUUUUUUUUAUAAAAUGCCCAAUUUCUAUGAUUAUUUCAAUAAAUAAUUACUCUAAUGGACCCUAAGAGGAUUUCCCUCUAACAGCCAGUGAUUCAUUAGAAUUUUAAGUGAACUGAACACUAUAGACAGAAGCUUUAACGUACUUUUAUUUAAUUUUUUUCCUGUGGCAAUAUUUUUGAAACUGCUCCUCUUUAAAAGUGACUUAAUGAAAGUGUACAUUUUUUUUGUAAAUGUAUAUAAAAAAAAACUAUGUGCGUACUACUGUCCAUAUGCUGCUUAAAUACCCUCUUAACAAUCUUUAAUAAUAAAAUGCACAUAGUUCACUUUUACACAGCAAUAAUGGAAGCAAUAAUUGUGGAGUAUCUGCUGUUUGGCUGGUGUGAUUUCAGGUAUCCUCGUGUGUGUUAACCACUAAACUGUGACAUCGUCGUGACGCUGACGCUGCUUCUAUCUUGUGUGCAUGUAAGAUUGUAUCCACUGAUGUUCUAUGAAUGUGCCUUUUCAACAUGAUUGUGUUCCGUCUCACACUCUUAAACGCUGUCAGUGUCGACUCUGUAUCUCAGAUUAUCUUAAUAUGCAAUUAUUCUGAAGAUGUUACUACUCUUGAAUGUUGUUGAUUAAAAUGAGAGUUUACCAAACAAACAAA